AUGGAUAAUGAAGGAAGAUCUUGUGUUUAUGGAUUAAGACAUCAAGUAGUUUACCAAUUUCGUUUUAAUGCUACUACUAUUGCAAGAUGUCUUACAGCGGUUGUUUCUGAUACAGAACAUAAUAAGUUUUUGGUUGGCACUCAAACACUUAGACAUGAUAAUGAGAUUCAUUUACUUGAGUUUAACGAAGAUGAAUUUGAAUUGACGAGCAGUGUUUAUCAACAUCCAGAGGAAAUAUGGGAUAUUGCCACAUGUCCAAGUGAUAUUGUGAUGAAGUCAGUUCAAUCUAAAGCGACAUUGUGGAGAUUUGGUGAUGCUAAAAGUGAAGAAGUAAAUUUAGAAGAUGAAUCACACAGUUCAAGAACUCUAAUUGGAUCGUAUUUACCAUUAGAACCUGUUAUGGAAGUUGGAAUAGACGAUAAUAUUAAAAAAAUUUUAUGGGAUCCAACAAAGAAAUAUUUAAAUCAUUUUAUAUCUAUUCAUGAUUUUGCUAUAAAUAUUUGGACAUUUGAUGAUCAGCAAUUAUCAUCCGCAAAGUUGUCAAAUAAAAUAAACUUUUCAUCGGAAUCAGGACCUUUGUCAUCAUUGACAACUGGUGCAUGGAAUCCAAAUCAACCAGAAAUUGCAAUUGCUAAAGAAUGCUCAAUACAAGGCUGGGAUAUCAGAUCUCAAAGGCAUUUAUUUAUAAUUAUAAUAAGUUUUGAUAUUGAUGAAGCACAUUCUAUUUUGGUACGUUCUUUGGAUUAUAAUAAGAAUAAAUCAUAUCAGAUUGCAUCUGGAGGUGAUGAUUGUAUGGUUAGAUUUUGGGAUUUAAGAAAUACAUCGGAAUAUCUCAAAGAAAUGUCAAAUCACACUCAUUGUAAGCCAAGUGAUGGGUUAGUUAGAACUUACGAUCAACAUGAGGAUAGUGUUUAUGCAGUUUCAUGGAGUUCUUGUGAUCCUUGGGUAUUUUGUUCAUUAUCUUACGAUGGAAGAGCUGUGAUUAAUCGACCAGCAGCAAUCAAUGCAGCUAUUAGAAAGAAACUUCAAGGAUACGUUGGAUUUGCCAAUCUUCCAAAUCAAGUACAUCGUAAAUCCGUAAAAAAAGGAUUCCAUUUCACAGUUAUGAUAGUUGGUAAAUCCACACUCGUAAACACUUUAUUUGGUACUACUCUCUAUCCACACAAAACUGAAACUGAACCAUCAAGCGAGUCACCUAAAACUGUAGAAAUUCAAUCCCUUAGCGCAGACAUUGAAGAAAAUGGUGUAAAAUUAAGGCUUACAGUAGUAGAUACUCCUGGAUUUGGUGAUUUUGUUAACAAUGAAGAAAGUUGGAAACCGAUUCUUGAAAACAUUGAAGCAAGAUUCGAUGCAUAUCUUGAACAAGAAAAUCGCGUAAAUCGCCGUAAAAUGCUUGAUAAUCGUGUCCACGCUUGCAUUUACUUUAUUGCUCCAACUGGUCAUUCACUUAAACCAUUGGAUGUAGAAUUCAUGAGAAGAUUACACACCAAAGUUAAUCUUAUUCCAGUGAUUGCUAAAUCUGAUACAUUAACCGAGGAUGAAAUUAAACAAUUCAAACAACGUAUUUUGGAUGACAUUGCAUAUCAUAAAAUUCAAAUCUAUCAAGCUCCACAAUAUGAAUACGAUGAUCCUGAAACUGUUGCAGAAAAUCGUGAGAUAAUAGUAAUUGUUGGCAGUGAUAAAGAAGUAGAAUUACAAGAUGGACGUCGUGUUCGUGGACGUAAAUAUCCAUGGGGUGUUAUCGAAGUUGACAAUGAGGAACAUAAUGAUUUUGUUAAGCUUCGUCAAAUGCUUAUUAGAACACACAUGGAGGAACUUAAAGAAUAUACAAAUGACGUUUUAUACGAAAACUAUCGUUCAGAAAAACUUGUAUCCACUGGAGUACAGCAAGAUCAAAGUGUAUUCAAAGAAGUAAAUCCACUUGCUAAGAUGGAAGAAGAACGACAACUUCAUGAAGCCAAAUUAGCAAAGAUGGAAACAGAAAUGAAAACGGUAUUCCAACAAAAGGUUCAAGAAAAGGAGGCCAAAUUGAAACAAUCUGAAGAAGAAUUAUAUUCUCGUCAUAAAGAUAUGAAGGACGCAUUGGAGAAACAACGUUUAGAAUUAGAAGAAAAGAAGAAACGGCUAGAAUCUGGCAGACCAAUUACUCCAGAAAAGGCAAAGAAAAAAGGAUUAUUUAAUACUAAAUGA